AUGGAGACCGGCUUAGCAGUCACAAUCGCCGUGCUCAGUACGUUAGUAGGGAGUGGCAUACUCUACGGCGUAUACAAAUGCGUCGUCAUACAAAAGGGUCCCGACCCGGACCUCGAGAAUGCCCUUCCGCCGGCGUACUGCACGUAUCAGAUGCCGCCGGUGCAAUAUCAAGCGCCGGCCCCAGCCUAUCAGCCUCCGGUCCAGUACCAACCGCAGGUUCAGUACCAGCCGCAGGCUCAGGCAGGAUUGGUGCCGGCUGCCUUGGCAGCACUGGGGGCCCUGUGGCCGCAACCUCCGCCUGCUGCCGCACAACUGGCAUGCCGACCUUUCACUCUGAAUCAAUUUCAGCUAUCGCCCAGCGCGUCCGAGCUCGCCGACUCCGUGACCCGCGAGCGGGCCCAAGACGAGCUUGAUCGGCAGCUCCUGACCAAGACGAAGUUUUGGGAUCUCGACUCGAAGACUUUCUAA